CACAAGUUAGGUGUCAUAGCUUCAUUUUAAAAUUGAUUGCCGUAAAGAGGUUGGGGAAUUCCUUAAAAUAAAAAAAAAUAAAAAAAGAGUUGGGGGAAUAAGAAAAAGGGGCACACGGUGGUUGGAGUGAGGAGGAUGGGAAUAAUGGACACCAUCGACGCUUCGUCUCCACCGUCUCAGAGCGGUCACUCACGCCAUUUCUACCUCGCAGUAGACAGGCUUCAAGUCAAAAUGCAAACUCUGGUUGAUCUUCUCGAUUUGGUGGGUCGACGAUCAUGCUUGCCAAUCGUUAUCUGUUGCAGCACCCGCGACGACCUUGAUUCUCUCUUCUCAUCUCUUUCUGCUCUCCCCUUCAUUUCCUCUUCUGCAUUGUACAGUGACCUUGCUGAAGGUGAACGCGCUUCAAUUUUAGACAAAUUCCGGCAAGUCACAGCAAAGUGGAACCAGAUUAAUCAUGCUGGAGCAGGGAAUGAGGAUGAUGAUGAUGAGGCAGGGAAAGUUGACAGGUCUCACAUGAUUAUUGUAACAGAUGCUUGCCUUCCCUUUCUUGCUUCUGGAGAGCCUCCCUUGAAUGGUCAUCUUCUCAUUAACUACGAGUUGCCGGCAAAGAAGGAAACAUAUGGAAGGCGUUUGGCAGCUUGUUUAACCGCUGAUGGAAUAGUCAUCAAUAUGGUUGUUGGUGGGGAAGUAGUGACUCUAAAAAGUAUUGAAGAAAGCACUGGUAUUCUCAUGCCAGAAAUGCCAAUGCAAAUUCUUGACAUUUUAUGAAGUUGCUUUAGUCUUUGCCGCUGCCUGAAGAAAACAAAGAAUUUGAUUGCUUGCCCUCAUCAAUGGUUGAAGACUUGAAGCUCUCACAUUGCCUUGAAUAUUCUGUCAGUACUCGGUAGUCACUACUACAAAGAAAAUAUACCGAAAAAUAUUAUGAUUAGAAUAUUUUCACCCUUUCAUAGUGAAAUGUGAAGUUUGAAACAACUUUUUUUAACUUAUUUUAUUGUAGCAUUGAACACUUUAAUAUGAGUUUGAUUAAACUCGUGAAAAUAGCUUACAAACCUACGUGUAAAA